AUGGGUACAGUUGAGGCCGCACACGUGCCAUUCCGCCUGGAUGGCAAGAUCGCCCUGGUGACUGGCUCCGGGCGAGGUAUUGGAGCCUCGAUUGCGGUCGAGCUCGCUCGCCAAGGAGCCAAGGUGGUGGUGAACUACUCUCGAGCAGCAGGACCAGCCGAAAAAGUCGUGCAAGAGAUCAAAGCCCUCGGCUCCGACGCCAUCGCCAUCAAAGCCGACGUCAGCAACGUGAACGACACCGUGCGUCUCUUCGAAGAAGCAGUCGCCCACUUUGGAAAACUCGACAUUGUCAGCUCCAACGCAGGAGUAGUUUCCUUCGGCCACUUGGAAGAAGUCACUCCAGAAGAAUUCGACCGCGUGUUCAACAUCAACACUCGAGGACAAUUCUUCGUCGCUCGCGAAGGCUACAAGCAUCUCAACAAUGGUGGUCGCAUUAUCUUGACCAGCUCUAACACUGCUCGAGGUUUCGUGGUGCCCAAGCAUGCUAUCUACUCGGGCUCCAAGGGCUCCAUUGAGUCGUUUGUGCCCGUCUUGGCCAAGGACUGCGGGAGCAAACAAAUCACUGUCAACGCUGUCGCUCCCGGUGGUACAGUCACGGAUAUGUUUCACGAUGUGGCUCAUCAUUACAUUCCUGGUGGAGAGAAGAUGACCAUUGAGCAGUUGAAGGAGGCCGCUGCCUAUGCCUCUCCACUCCACCGAUGUGGCUACCCUCUGGAUGUCGCUCACGCCGUGUGUUUCCUCGCGAGCAAAGAGGCGGAAUGGAUCAACGGAAAAGUGCUGCCGGUGGAUGGUGGUGCUGCUUGA